AUGGACUACCUCAUUCGCCUCGUGCAAAUGCAUGAGACAUUUCGCAAGCCCGAACUCGAUGCACUUGCAGAUCUCGCUGGGCUGGACGUCCAGUGGCUGUCAUACUCACUAGCUUCGCCUUUUGCAAUCGUUCGCUUUCCGCCAGGGAUCGAUACAACUGUAGCUGCUAGGACCUUGAUAUCACGCUCAUUACUAUGUAACGCCAUCUACGAGCUCUGGGGCACAGGAACGGACUACACCACCCUGCAUGCAGACAUUCGCCACCGCACCGAAUUUCUAUGGCCUCACUACCGUGAUGUCUCCUUUCGCUUCGAACUGGACUCCUUCCAUGGCAGCCGCACAACAGCCGAGCAGCGCAGCAUCAUCGAGACAUUCGCGUACAUGGACUUCCAAGGCCCAAUCGUGAUGAACAGACCAGACCAUCAGUUCCGUGUCUUCGAGGACUCGGAGCUUAUAGGCACGACACCACAUGCUCUACAUCUCGGUCGUCUAGUAGCUACAAGUGGAAGGAAGGCGAUGAACAUGUAUAAUCUCAAGAAACGGAGAUAUAUUGCCACGACAUCUAUGGAUGCAGAACUCUCCCUCAUCACUGCAAACCUGGCACAAGCAGGGCCUGGCAGGAUAGCUUACGAUCCAUUCGUCGGCACCGGCUCAUUCCCUCUAGCAUGUGCACACUUUGGAUCUAUGGUCUUUGGUAGCGAUCUCGAUGGACGGUGCAUCCGCGGCAAAGGCGACAAGACCGUGCAGAGUAACUUUGAGCAGUACGGUACUUCUACCUUGUAUCUGGGAGGAUUAGUCGCCGACAUCACAAACACACCACUUCGCGAGGAGCGGCUCCUGAACUGCGUUGUCUGUGAUCCACCCUACGGUGUGCGGGAAGGUCUGAAGGUGCUAGGGAGCAACAGAGCUGUACUUCAGGAUGUCGUCUAUCUGGCUGAUGGUAAGCAAGCACAUCUUCAGCCCAAUUACAUACCACCGAAAAAGCCUUAUAGCUUUUUAAGAAUGCUGGACGAUAUUCUAGACUUUUCUGCCACGAGACUAGUAGAUGGAGGACGAUUGUGUAUGUGGAUGCCCGUCGCCGGGGCUGUAGACCUGGACGACCACUCCGAGGCGCAGGCUGUCAAGGAUGCCGAGUAUGAGAUUCCACGGCAUCCGGCCUUAGAGCUCGUUGCGGUGUGUACGCAGGACUUCAAUAAGUGGUCUCGACGACUCUUGACAUAUCGGCGGGCGCCAGGCGAGUCUGUGGAUGAGGACGCAAUGCUUGCGUAUCAAGCGCAGAGGCUGACGGUCGCUAAUAUGGAGGACGACGGAAAGAAAGCCGAUGAUUUGAACGCUUUUCGGCGCAAGGUCGUCGCUGACGUGUAA